CGUAACACGGUCACCAGAUCUAGCAAAGUGACGAUCCGAGAUGACUCCCCGUCCGGAGCCCCUGAUAUUUCGGUCGUCCGGAGAUAGAUCACCUGCUGUAAAACCUUGCUUGCUGCGUCAUGUUUUCAGCUGCUGCGGUGCUUUGUGUGUGUGCCAAUGUAAACCCAAGUAACUCCAAGGUUCUGCCAUACUUACAAACCUACUGUGGUUUCCUCUACCUACAACUGUGAUCAUAGUUCUGAACCUUUCAAACUGCCGCCAACUACAGUCAUCGCUGCAUACUCCUACCUCCAACACCAUCACCACCACCCUCAACAACAGCACGCAAUGCAGCCCUACAUGCACCCAGUCUUCCUCCCCCUUCUUCCACCGGCUACACAGUCUGCGGAUGUCCAGCCUGCGAAUCCGAAACAUUCUCAGGCGAUGGCGUUCGUUACGAAGAAGACGGGAAGGUCGGAUUCAUCGAGUACGGAGAAGAGUGAUGUGAGCACUGCGAGUACGAGUAGUCCGUUGGAACCUUUGGAGGAGAAGGAGGGGCAGGAGAAUGUCGAUAGGGGAAAGGUGAAUAUGGAGCAGGGGAAAUUCAUGAAGUUGAUUGAUGAUGAGGGGAUCGAUCAGCUCUCGCUUUGAGCUCUUGUGCGAUCCUGAUUUUGGAGUGUCAAGAUAUUUGGUUGGGUGCCUCAUCAUUACGCUGCCGUUUUCUUUUGAGGGAUUAUAUCGGUGUUUGGGCGGUCUUGAGAAGGCU